UUUUUCAAACAAAACAUUUUCUCAACCCAAAUAUUCAAAGGUUAAGUCCUAUCUCAUAACCAAAUAAAUAAACUUUUUUUUUUUGCCCACACUAUAAAUCACCCUUCUCCUCUUCCCUCUCCACUCUCCCUCACCAAGAGUUCUUUCUCUCUUGCAUUCCACCAUUUUCAACCAGCUUCAAGAGAGAAAGAAAAGAAAAACCCUAACCCUCACCCCAGCCAUGCAACAACCAUGUAUAGCUCCCAUAACUUUCCCUCCAUACCAUCCUCACUUCACCAUCAACAUGGCAGCCAUGAAGACCAACUUCUUUGGACCCCAAUCCAUGCAUUCAAUCCAAGACUUCAUCAUCCCAAACCCUUUUAGUCUCCCAUGCAACUCAACUUCAGAUGAAGCUGAGGAGCAUCAGCAAAGCCAACAAGCAGAAGAAAGAAAGAAGAGAAGGAUGAUAUCCAACCGUGAGUCUGCUCGUCGGUCUCGCAUGCGAAAACAACGUCAACUCGAUGAACUCUGGGCUCAAGUCCUUCACCUCCGUAACGCCAACCACCAGCUCAUCGACGAGCUCAACCAUGUCAUGCAGGACCACACUAAGACUCUCAAAGAGAACUCAAAGCUCAGAGAAGAAGCAUCUCUUCUUGAAGACAAGCUCAAAGCUUUAAACCAACAGCUAGUGAGCACUUAAUUGAUUGAUAUUAGUGUUCAUGUGUCCGUGUUUUUCACCAUCUCUAUCAGAGUCUCACUUUUUUCAUGAGAUUAAUAAGAUAUUAAGAGUGAUCAUUUUCUUAUCA